CACCAAAUAUUCCAGUGUUUCUCCAGUAAAAAGAAAAGCACACAGGAUGAUGAUGCACAGUUUGAGAGAAAUUCCUUUAAAAAGUAUGUAAAGCCUGAAAUGAUGAAGGACAGUCCAUACUACUUAGAUAGUUUAGAAGAAUUGCCAACUGAGAAAGUAUCUAGAACAAAACUGCAGGUAGAGACUUAUAGUUACAAGAAAAACCAUGAGGAAAGAAAUCAUUUGUUGUGCAACCAUAAUAAAGAUAACAGUCAUCACACUCUUCAGAAACUCAGUGUAGAUAGUGAAAGCGGAGAAACAGACACUGAGAAUGAGGAGAUUAUAUCAGUGACACCAGCACAUUUUCGAAGUUUUCACUCUUUAUUUCAAGGAACAUCAAAUCCUGUGCUAUUUGAGCUGCAGAGUUUAGAAGGAAGCCCAAAAAGCACUCACAUAAAAGAUCUGUGUCCACUUGUUAGUACUGGUGGCACAAAUGACAAUAAAGAAGAAAGUACAAGUUUUAUUUCACAGUCUACGCCUUCAUGUCAGCCACAUAGUGUACAGCCAAAUGAUGCUCAGUCUGGUUUUUCAGAAUCAGGAUCCUUAAACAGUAGCAUCUUGGAAGAACAGAGUGCCUUAUAUGUUCCUGCUAAUAGUCGACUGGGAAGCUACAUACCCUACAAACCAAGCAAGUUGUUACAGCAUGAAGAACCUGUUAUCAGUGAGGAAGAUGAAAAUGAUGAAAGCCAAGCAAGUACAAUUAAACCAGUGAAUAUAAAUGUGAACCGUACAUCUUCAACACUCUCUCUAAAGGAAAAUCAUGUCAGUGUUACUGAUAAGAGUGAUAAUCAUGAAAAACCAGCCAAAGAAAGAAAGGCAUCUUCAGUUGCUUCCAAGGAAGAUCCAACUGAAGUAAGCUUAAUUAGCAGCACUCAGUUUUCUGCUAGUGAAAACAAGAAAGUGCCAACUUCCUAUAAAACUAAAUCUUGGAGCAUAACAGCUGUUUGAGUGAUAAUUUUUUUUUUUCAUGUCCUGAAUCAUACAUAUGUUUCCAUACAACAGUAGUUACAGUCGAGACAAUUAAAUAUAAACAAUAAA